CCGUGUGCCUGGAGUCUGGACCUGCUAAGUUCAAACGCCUUACCGACGCUUUUAUACACGCUGUAACCGCCGUACCCACCAAACUCCCAGAAUAUUAUACAUCCGAUAUUUGAUCGGAUUCGAUCUAUUGACUAACUAUUUGUUUUUUAUUUAAAAAAAAUCAUGGCCUCGUCGUCGAACAACGAUCAGCAGCAUUAUAGCCUGGAGACGGAAAUUGAUGCGUGCACACUGGCGUCGAGUCGGAACCCGCUGUUGUGUUUUUUGUGCGAAGACUACUACAGCGACCCGGUAAUAUUGAUAUGCUUUCAUUCUUUUUGCGCGAAAUGCAUCAAAGGCCGAAACCAGGAACACAAAAUAAGCUGUCCGCUAUGCGGAACCCAGACUGCAUUAAAAGAAGGCGUUCAGUUGCCACCGCCGGAUCAUUUGAUGGUGAAACUUAUCGAAAUGGUUAACGUGGAGAAUCCACCUUGUGCUAAUUGCGACAAACGCGAUCCAUCUUCAAUGUACUUCUGCUCUACUUGUGGCCAAGCACUGUGCAAGCCGUGCCGAGAAAACACUCAUCGGGCGAAAAUGUUUUCAACCCACGAUAUCGUCCAAAUGACUAAACGCCUAGCAGACAAAACCGAAAUAUGUCCGAAGCACGACGAAAGGAUUAAUUAUUUUUCAAACACUCAAAGGCACGUGAUAUGCACAAGCUGUGUACGAGAAAAGCCGUUAGAGAGUCGCAAAGCUUGCAUGGACAUUGACGAAGCGUACAGUCAAAACCUGAAGAAACUGGACAGAGCCUUGUUGUCCGUGUACGAUAUGCAAAGCUCGAUUCGCGAAGGCGUGGUCGCUUGUCACACACUUUUAGAAGAACUUAGGCAAAAUACAGACACAGAAAAAAUGACCAUACACAAUUUCGUGCAAACCCUACACGAAGCGAUUAAUAAAAUACAAACGGACAUGCAUUUGGAAGUUCAGCGACAAUAUGAAAUAAAAGAAAGGGCUUUUCGCAAUCAGCUGUUGACAUUGAGCGCAGUACUUCCAAUUUUGCAACAUCACAUUCUCCUAUGCAGAAACUUUGUGUCGAGUUCAAAUAAAUAUUAUUUUCUCGAAAUCGUGUACCUGAUGCUCGACCGUUUGAACACUAUUGUGAAGAUACCACAGCCAACAAAGCCAUUGUUGACCAGUACUAUUAAGACCAAUUACCGUUCGGAGUUUGCCCAGUGCUUAGAACCUUGGUUUGGCCGAAUAGAUACUAUGGAUUCUGGAAUCUACGAGUCGUCGAGGAACUUGAGUAGCUUGACUGCUAAGUCGAAAGAAAAUUUGAGCUUAUCUCAGUCCUCGUUUCCAUCCAAAAAACAACAUUCCGCGUUGAAAGCCAAAGCGUUGGAAGGCGAAGGUCCUUUCUCGAACCACUGUAGAAGUUUCGAUUCGCAAAUCAAGGAACUGGGAACGCAAUUGAGCUGCGUCAAAGACCGUCUGAACGAGCUGCAGAGGGAAGUGCGAGCCCUCCAAGGUACCAAGUCACCGGCCGUACCGCCUUUGAUUCUGCGCCAUCAAAAUAUAAUCAGAGAUUGCCUGCGCUUAAACGAUACCUUGGAACGAAAUCGCGUGGAACUAGAACGGUUGCGAUCUGUGUUCCAGACAAUUUGGCAAGAACAGUUGUACAGGAUCCACGUGGAACAAGAUAUCUUCCAUUCCCAAAUGUCCGAUAUAGUAAGCUUGCAAAGCGAAGUCAAACAAUUAGCGACGCUUGCACAACAGUUGGAUCCAUACGUAAAGCGAUUGACGGCUAAACCGAACAAUAACGAAAUGUCGGAUUUGAAAAAUUUGUUGGAUCGAUUGAGUUCCCUGCAACAGUCGCAAAGAUUUUCGAUGGGAUGUCACAAAAUAGAGUCGCAUUGUAUGAGCAGCUCGUCGCCGUUGUCCGAAGCUUUUUAUGCUAAAGACGCUCGUCCGGACACUCCAGUCAGGGAAAAAGAUCAACAAAUUGUCUACAUUCAGAAAAUGCAAUCGACUAAAAGCGUACUGUCUCACAUCGUGGACAAAGUAUGCGUCCGGGACAAAACGUUCCAGGAAUUCAGGGAAAGGAGCAAGUCCGAAGGGCGUAUAAAAGAUUGUCCGACAAGACCGAAAUCCAAAAGCGUCGGACCGGAAUGUGUAAAGAACACAAGAGCAUGUUCCUUGUACCAGAUGGUAGAUAUCAGGGACAUACGGAAUUUAGCAGCUCAGUCCACUUCUAAUAUCCACGAAAAGGAUCUCAACAUGGAAAUGUGUGAAAAACUAAGAGAGUAUAUGAAAGAGCACCUGAAGAAAAAAGUGAACAUUGAAAUGUUUGAUGACGGGUUUUGCCGGGAAGAUAGCAAACAGUUUGAAUACGACGAAGGGAUACUGGGAGAAGUUGAGACCGUUAGCUGUGAUGGAUCAAAAAUGUAUAAACCCCAAACGGUUAAGGUACACAAGAAGAAGUCAUCGUCCGUCCAAGAGCCUGCAAUCGUACCAGUAGCUGCUCCUAGAAAAUAUAAGCGGUAUCCGCAUUCAGAUACUGAAGACGGUGCAAUGGCCUCGGUGUGUCAAGAAUCUAUAACGUUCAGGCGAAUCUCCACUCCCGACGAUAAGACAGCACGUACGUCCAACUCCGUUCGCUGUCGUUCCAAGAAAACCGGUCCGGUGCGCAAACAAAGGUCGUGGGAGACAUUUCCAACUAGAAAGAAAUCAGCGACUCCUGAGCCGAGCAAAUUCUGCCACGAUCCGGAAUCGUUUCGCAGUCAAUUCGACGUAAGCAAUUUCCAAGACGGACUGAGGAAAGCCGACAGUUUCGAAGGGCACGAAGAAGCCGUUAGUUCCCUCGUCAGGGAAUGUCAAAAAGUCCGGACGCUGGAUAAAAAGUCAAAAAAGACAGAUCAGGUGUAGAGCCGCGCCGUUUUAAUUAAACUAUAAUCCUUAUUUAUGGGUAGUUACAGGUUAGGUUGGAUUGGGUCAUAAAUCCCUUCAAUAUUAGUCCAGUUAUGUAAAAUAAUAAUCUAAGAACAAAAUCAUUUUUUAAUGCUGUUUGUCAACAAACGUCAGACCUUAAAGGCAAUUUGAACUUACGAGUGAUGGCAUACUUGCACUGCGUGUACAUUAUUUGCACAAUAUGAAGUAAACUUGAUUUUUUGUUAAAACCGUCCACGAACACCGUCCGUCGUGAUAUUUUGUUAUCUUUUUUGUUGUUGUAAAAAAAAAAAUGUAUAACCUAUGUAAGAUAGCGCAUAGAACGUGUAAGCUGCAAUUCGUCAAAAACGCUAUAAGUUAAUUCCAAGGUGAUUCAAAUUUCGUACUAGGGAUCUACACCAACCGGAUUCCUAUCCAGUAAUAAUUGCACUCUUCUCCCUUAUUCUUUUUCGUCUUAUCUCACAAAAACGGAUCCUAUUUCUAUUGGGUCGGUUAGCCCAAUCUGUUUCAUCUAAGGUCCACCCACUUCUCAAUCGGUCCACUUAUGUCCCACUACCGUGAUCUCUCUAAUUUGUUUUACUAACCCACUCAUUUUUUCUGUUAUUGACGCAGUUCCCAAAUUUCCUCAAUUAUACUCAUUCCUUAUUCUGUCAUUCAUUUUUUCUCUGCUCUAUUUAAUCAUAACCGGUUUUCUACUUCUUACUAAACUCUAAGUAUUCCACUUCCAAGUAUUUAUUCUGCAGCCAUUUUCCUCCAACUACUGUUUCAGUUACUCCUAUGUAUUUCCUAAUGCUUCGGUACUCUCAUGCACAUGCCUAAUACUUGAAAUCACUUCGGAAUUUUCUUUAUCGCGAGUUUGACUAAUUUCUAGUAUUCAUCGUUGGGUUCAUUUUAAUUCAUCGCAAUAACAAACGCUAACCGAACAUAGGCAGUAAACUAGAAUUAAAAUAACUUUACCUUGUUUUUUUUUUAUUAGUAUAUAUGAAUCUUAAAUAAGUUGAUUUUUGUAUUUAUAACUACCUUUUUGACAAUGUGAUCGAGUGUGAUUUUCCAAUGAAAUA